GCGCGGCAGCCCCGCUCGGGACGCAGCGCCCGCCGCCCGCGCCCGGUCGUUUCUCCGCCUUUGUGUCCCGGCCGCGCGCCCUCCCUGCCGUCCCGCGCCCGACACCCUGGAGUCGCACGGGAGCCGGCGGUUCGAGCUGGGUCCGGCGCGGCGACCCGGAGCCCCGAGCCCGCCGCGCCGCCGCGCCCCGUGUGUGCGCUCCAGCCUCUCGCCGUGAGGGCCCCGAGGGGAGCGCUCCUGGCGUCGGUGACCGCUGGAGCUGCUCAGCGCGCCCCAGAUCUGCCUGCGGUCUCCCCUCUUCUGUCUGGAGAAUUAGGGCUUCCGGCCCGCACCCCAUACCUCCGCCGUCCCGAGUGCGCGGAGCUGGGAGCGGCUUGGCCAUGGCCGUGAGGAGGGACUCCGUGUGGAAGUACUGCUGGGGAGUUUUGAUGGUUUUAUGCAGAAGUGCGAUUUCCAGAUCGAUAGUUUUAGAGCCCAUCUAUUGGAAUUCCUCGAACUCCAAAUUUCUACCUGGACAAGGACUGGUACUAUACCCACAGAUAGGAGACAAAUUGGAUAUUAUUUGCCCCAAAAUGGACUCUAAAACUAUUGGCCAGUAUGAAUAUUAUAAAGUUUAUAUGGUUGAUAAAGACCAAGCAGACAGAUGCACUAUUAAAAAGGAAAAUACCCCUCUCCUCAACUGUGCCAGACCAGACCAAGAUGUAAAAUUCACUAUCAAGUUUCAAGAAUUCAGCCCUAACCUUUGGGGUCUAGAAUUUAAGAAGAACAAAGAUUAUUACAUUAUAUCUACAUCAAAUGGGUCUUUGGAGGGCCUGGAUAACCAGGAGGGAGGGGUGUGCCAGACAAGAGCCAUGAAGAUCCUCAUGAAAGUUGGACAAGAUGCCAGUUCUGCUGGGUCAACCAGGCAUAAUGAUCCAACAAGACGUCCAGAACUAGAAGCUGGUACAAAUGGAAGAAGCUCAACAACAAGUCCCUUUGUCAAACCAAAUCCAGGUUCCAGCACCGACGGCAACAGCGCCGGGCAUUCCGGGAACAAUAUCCUCGGUUCCGAAGUGGCCUUAUUCGCGGGGAUUGCUUCAGGAUGCAUCAUCUUCAUCGUCAUCAUCAUCACGCUGGUGGUCCUGCUGCUCAAGUACCGGCGGAGACACCGGAAGCACUCGCCGCAGCACACGGCCACGCUGUCGCUCAGCACGCUGGCCACCCCCAAGCGCGGCGGCAACAACAACGGCUCGGAGCCCAGUGACAUUAUCAUCCCGCUGAGGACUGCGGACAGUGUCUUCUGCCCCCACUACGAGAAGGUCAGCGGGGACUACGGGCACCCCGUGUACAUAGUCCAGGAGAUGCCCCCCCAGAGCCCCGCGAACAUUUACUACAAGGUCUGAGACGUGGCGGUGCCUUCGCUUUCCCGGAGGAAACUGACUGUCCCGCUGCCGCCCGCCCGCCCGCCCGCCCGCCCGCGGGGGCGCGGCUGGACCCCUUGUGUCUCGAGCGGACUGAAGCACAGCGGGGGUGGUGGAGGGGGGACACUCCUUCUCCGAGGGGCCCCGUUGAGCUGGACAGCUUACCUAGUCUUGUAGCGUUCCGGCCCGUGGUGAAUCCAGAUGCUCACCGACAGCUGGAAGACUUGUGUAGAAGGUGCCCGCGGGGGACCGGCGCUCGCCUCCCCCCUGCCCCUCCUCGAAGCCAUGUGCCGCGGUCCCUCGGGCCUGCACCGCAGCAGCCGAGGGAAGACCGUGGCGGGUGGACGCGAGAGAGCCCUUGAGCGUCCUAGGUGUGUAGAUGCCCUGGGAUGCCGCGCCUGGAAACGCCGUCUUCUGCCUCGGGUGUGCCCCCCCCCCCCCCUCGACGUGUCGCAUAGACCUCUGGCUCGGUGGGGCUUGCAGAGAGCGCUAGCUUUUAGGCCUCACGGUUGCACACUCCCGUUAUCCAGGGCUCUGCCGUACUUCCCAUGUGAUUUCCCCUCCCGCCACGUUCUGCAUCACGAAUGGAACAUUAAUUAACGUUUGGGGGGGGGGGGAGGGGUGGUCUCCUACUCCAUCCAUUUGCAACAAACAGCUACCGUCGAAUGGAUAAUAAUAAUACGAUACAUUUCUAGAAAUGGUGUUUGCUAAGAAGGAGCCUUCCAGCCAGACGCUAGGCUGCCAGCGAGGAAGACUAGGAGUCGGUGGAAGGGGGUGGAAGGGGGAAAGGGCUGUCUGCGAACACAGUUCAAUGCUACUGCCUCUGAAACAGAAAGUUGGG